AUGGCCACCACCGCGCCCCUCAGCGCGAAAUCCAAACUCGCCGGUCCUGGCGCCUUGAAAAUCACCCCGUCCAAUUCUCCCAUUCUUCGACCUGGAGCUCGUUCCCCGAGCAAAUCCUCACAUCAAUCGACCUUGUCCCUCCAGACCGUGCUGGGAACCACCACAAUAACCCCCAAUGGCUUCUCCAGUCACGAUCAGAGCAAGAGCUUUGCGCUGUGCGCCGGUUCUGCAGCUGUACUUGCCGAACUCGACGACGAUGGAAUCCUCUGCCAACGCUUCUUUCGAGCUCGCCCGUCCGCAACGAGCGUAAACCCGACGACGACAUCUUUCUACAAUCAAUCUACUCCUCCAACGACGCCCGACCCCCGAUCGCGAUCCCUGUCCCACAUUCGCUCAAACCCGCAUCUCAACGUCCCCAAUGGCUCACCAUCCAACGAAGCUGCCGACAAUGGCAGUCCCCGCGCUUGGUCAUCCAGAGAACGGAUCAAAGCGGUGACGAGCGUCUCUAUCAGUCCCAAUGGCCGGUUUUUGGCCGUGGGGGAGACUGGCUACAACCCACGCGUUCUUAUAUUCUCAACCGCCCGAGACGCCUUACCCGAUGUUCCCCUAUCCAUCCUCAGCGAGCACACCUUUGGGGUGUGUAGCCUAGCUUUCAGCCCGGACUCACAAUAUUUGGCAACUCUGGGCAACCCCAACGAUGGGUUCCUUUUCAUUUGGGCUAUCAACCUCAAAAAUGGAUCAGCAAGACUCCAUUCUACGAAUAAAUGCACCUCCUUUGUUCGCGACAUGUGCUGGGUAGGCCAAACGCUGGUUACUACCGGUGUACGCCAUGUCAAAGUAUGGCGGCUUCCAACUCUAAGGCCGGUAUCUCCGACAAAAUCCAGGUUGACUGCGGACGGGGCUCCGUCGCCAAACCCGGCCCCGAAAGCCUUGUCUGGCAGGAAUUGUCUCUUGGGACAGCUGAACGAUCACACUUUCAGCUGUAUCAGUAGCAUUUCUGACCAAGAAGCCGUCGUGGGCACCGAAUCGGGAGCUGUCUGCCUCAUCGACGAUCGUGAUGGAUUCCAGAGAUUAUCCGUGGUCACGCAGGUUGGAUUUGCCGUCACAUCCUUGACGGUGGAUUUCGACCGAGAGUCGAUCUGGCUGGGUGGGCGUGGCAGGAGAAUGCAGCGAUUGUCAUUUGAAUUUUUGCGAACAUCUUCUAUUUCCUCUCCAUCAUCUCCUGCCAAGUUGGACAAGGUUGUGGUGGACAAGAAAUCAAAGGCACCUGCCAUCACUUGCAUGGGCUGUCUAUCAUCACACCUGGUUACGGUAGAAGCAACCCGGGAGAUACACAUCUACCCUAUCGAGACUCUGCCCGAUGAAGGCGAGCAAGAUCCUGGGGAGACUUCCAUGCCAGCGCAUCGAGACCCAGUUCUUGGCAUUCGUCCGCUCCAGGUGCCCAACAGGUUCUCGGCAGAUUUCUUCUCGUGGUCCCGCAAUGGCUCGGUCAAUUUCUGGGAUGCACGCGGUAAAUGUGUUGGUUCGAAGACGGUGGUGGUCGAGCAAAGCGUGGCAGGGGACGAGGAUGUACCCAACGAGUUGAAGGUUCUGAGAGCUGCAGACAAUGCAGACUGGUUCGUGGCAGGUGAUAAAUACGGUGUGCUGAGGGUUUACUCGGGCGAAGAAUGGGAGUGCAUCGACGAAGCUCGCGCUCACGGAGGCGAGAUUACGGAUGUUGCUCUUCAAAAAACCGAGGAUACAUGGUUGGUGGCCAGUUCUGGCCGUGAUCGCAUGGUGCAACUCUUCCAGAAGACAGACUCAACUUUGGAGUUGGUGCAAACUAUGGAUGAUCACGUUGGGGCAGUAGGACAAAUCAUGUUCCUUAACGAGGGCGAGAAAUUACUCUCGAGCUCCGGUGAUCGUACGAUCCUGAUUCGUGACCGUGCCACUAGAGACGAAGAUAGUGGGACUUCCACUGCGUAUCUCAUCACCAGAGUCAUUACCAUGAAGUCGUCUCCGAUAUCCAUGGCGCUUUGUCCCGAUGACUCCAAUAUUCUUUUCGUCUCAACCAUGGACCGCUGCAUUUCCAAGUUCGACAUCCCUUCAGGACGACAACUGCACUCUUUCCGCGCAUUGGACUCUGAAACGAAUGAUGCAGUGAUCAUGAGCUCUUUGACAGUCACGUCGGAGAUCCCCGGUCAAAGCCCGAAGCUUCUGAUCGGAGUCUCUAGCACCGACAAGUCGAUUCGAGUCUAUGACUUGGAGAAAGAUAGCUUGCUCACCGGUGAAUUCGGUCAUACCGAGGGAGUCAGUGAUGCGCUGCUUCUUGAACAAUGCGAAGAUUCCGAGGACGGCCCAACAACCAAGCGAAGUCUGAUCUCCGCCGGCAUGGACGGUAUCCUGAUGAUCUGGAACCUCUGUAUCCAGCCGCAUCUUCCACCAGAGCUUGGCCAAAAUGGACGAGACGACGAUGGCCCCGUUAAAGAAUCGACCGCUGCCAAGCCUCCACUCCGAAAAGUCCUCUCGCGGAGUGAACUAGCUGGUUUCCAGCGACCUGACAACCAGGGUCCCUUGGGAACGCCAACUCCCGUUCGGGAACGCUCCCCGACACUCACCAGGAGGAUGUCCAAAUUAUCUUUGACACCGUCCACAUUGAAGAACUCUCUCGCCGAAACGCCAUCUCCUCCAAACCGUCGCUCCCCCAUCUCCUUCACCCCAACAGACAACAUCCGAAGAUCCCCGUCUCCAGUCAGCCCCAGGACAAAAUCAUACUCCUCCGCAUCCAAAAAGCCCAGCAGUGCAAAGAGCACUAAUCGCCGUACCUCGAUGGACUUCCGAACACGCGCCAAAGCAUCCAGCCGCAGCGAAUUUGGCAGCCUCGAAAUGACCACCGAACAACUCUGCCGCAGUCUCCGAGCCUACCGCAAGAAACUCAACGGUUCGACAAAGCAACUUCACUCGCAGAAGGAACUCGAGCGGGAGCUGAACUUGACCUUGCGGGCUGUCAGCGCACGGUUCCAGAAUAGCGACGAAAGUGGCGAGACGGAGACGGAUAGUAGUGGCAAAGACAUGGAUCGGAAGCCGAGCUAUUCGUCUAUUUCUUCUCGGUCAUCGCAUAUUCCUCGUCAUAUGCCGUCGACUCCUUUACUACGACAUAAAGGGAUGCGGCAGGUUUCGAGAAGUCGCUCUUAUGAUGCUAACGGCGAUGAAUGA